UUCAACCCUGCAGUUAGCUCAGAAGGCCGCUGUCCGCAUGUCCGCUGGUUCCACCGCUUUCAUUGCGAGAAGGUUUACGACGCGCGUAUUCAAGAGCCGAACAAUGCUGAAGCCGCGAACAUCGGCUUUGAUUGUCAACAAUGGGGUAACCAUCGAGUUGCUGUGCCUCUAGAAUACAUGCCAGCUCAUCUGAGAAGCGCACUGUCGCGUAAGACUAGAGUUGGUUCUAACGGGUAUCUAGUAGGCGAUACCUUUAGCACCAAUGCUCAGGCGAGCAGCAGCAGCAGUGAGUCCCAUCUGUCGAGUUCAGAAACUUCAAGCAACGGACCAAAUAUGAUAUUGCGACUGCGUGAAAAGACUGAAGAAGUCAACAGAAUGUAUGGAAGCCUGAUGUUGCUUCCCCCAAACUCACCAUACCCUCAGAUCAUCGGUCUCGAACGCAAAGACCACUAUUUCACUCACCCUUUCGAUGCCGUAGGACUCGGGAUAGGAUCCGGGAUUCAAAUGACCUUUGGAGUCGAGUCAGUCCGUACGAUUUUGUUGGGGCUGAAAUGGAUGUCUACCGUCAAGCCCGAUUUACACUGCCGCCAACUCCAGAGAUUCUUGGACAAAUUUCGGGAAGUGUUCAAGCCGCCAUAA